AUGAGUACUCAAAUAUUAUAUUAUAUUGCCUUAAUGGCAACUCUUGCCUUUGCUCAGGACUGCUCAUUGAUCGUACCCCCAAAUGCUCUUACUAAUUUGGCGUCUGUGUAUCAGUUGACUGGUCCAGGUUGCAUCCAAACGGAUUUCGUAAACACGGGUGCUUUCGUGGAAGCGGUGAUCUACGAUCCCAACAAUGCAGCUAGACCACUUCAAGUUUACAACCCAUUGGUUAUUACUCAAGGCACUACACCACUUAUACCACCAGUAGCUGUUACAAUCCCAGCUGGUGCUGUCGUAGGCAUUUGGUUUGGAUUCAAUGGAAACACUUUGACGUUGACUGACACAAAUAAUGGCGCUGAUUUGGCUGCUGCAAACUGUGUGAUGGGCCUCAGCGCGGGUGACAUUUUUGGGCAAUUCUCUGCUUGCAACGGUGAAGCCUUCUUUGCUGCAACGUUGGGUAAAGGUUUAGCCCCACCUCUUUCCACUAUUCAAGCGGGUCCUUUCGCCGGUCAGCCAUGUCCCACUACACGAUCAUUCAUGGUUGUUGAUCAAGACCAAUCUGACAACGUGGUCACUACCUACAUUUCUGUCGGUAAUCAGACGGCUCAAGACACUCCUGCAAAUCGAGCUGCAACCAAUGCUACCGUCGAAACAAAUGCUUCAGACAAUGGAUUGCUGACUCGGAAGAUUGAUCCAGCUCUUGCUUGCUCCGCUUUCAAAGUUUAUGAUCUUGCAGCAAAUGAUGGAACGCUUCGUGGCGCUCUUGCUCUUGAUGAGCUACAAGCAACGUUUCAGCCUGCUCCUAUUGCGCUGAUUCCAUUGGGUGAUCCAAUGGUUCUAUUCAAUGGCGGACCUUCGUUAGACAAAGCCAACUUGUACCGCAAGAAUGUUGGUCAACCACUUGCUGCCACAGUAGGCGACGCUGAUACUACCACCUACUGUACAAACUUGAAUAAUAUUCAGCCAAACUUCCUAAUGGCUUACAAAACAAUCUUUUUGGGCGUCUCAUCUCCUGUUGCCGCUGUUUCUCCGACUCUCUUUGGAUUUGUAACAGCUCGAUACGCAGCUACAUGGGAAAUCUUAACCUGCCAAGCUCUCACUGGAAUCCCAAAUCCGAUAAACUUAAUAUUUGAUGCCAACGGCCUUGUCAUUGAUGCUACUAUCGCGGAGACAACUACUACUACAAUUCCAGUCAAGAUUGUCGAUCCAGCAACAACUUUAGCAGUCAUUAUGCCAACUGUUGCCGUCAUCGCAUCUACUACCCCAAGUGCGAUUCCGUCUGCUACGGUCAUUGCAUCUGUUGCACCAAGUGUAGCUCCCUCAGUUGCCAUCAGUACAGCUCAAGCUAGUGCUUCUCCUUCAUCUACAGCCGUGUCAAGCCCUCAAACAUCCAUCAAGCCAAGUCCAAUCGCCUCCACCAAGACGACGAGCACAAAUGCUCCGUCUCCAGUUAGAAGCACGCGCCCGCGACGAAGCCAUAGACCAUGGGCCUCGUCUACUCUAAAAAUAAGGCCGACUCCGUCACCCUUCCACUUCCCAUCAAUUAAUAUUCCACCAAUCCAUUUCCCAUCAAUCCGGUUCCCAAGUAUUCAUCUGCCAUUCCCUACUCAUAAGCCUGAGCAAGGUGGCAAAGGUGGUUAUGGCGGCGACUACCAUAAUGAUGUUUAG